AUGUCUAAUACACCGGCUCGUUCAAUGACAGGUACUCCUGUCAAUACCACUCUGAUGGAUAGAUUACAUGAAAUCCUGGAGAUUACUACAAAAGAACAUUCAUUCAAGAAAAAUCCAAAUAGGAAAACAGCACCAAAUAGAAGAUAUAAACCAAGUCGACAAUUAAUAAGUGAUGAAGUUAAAUAUUUACAAGCUAAAACUAAUUUGAAAUUUGAUACACCUACAUAUACAUCAGUAACAGCACCACCUAGUUUAUUACCUAGAAAGAAUUAUUGUGAUAUCACUGGAUUACCAAGUAAUUAUAAAUCACCUUCAAAUCAACUUCGAUUUUAUAAUUCGGAAAUUUAUCAAGAAGUUGUUAAAAAUUUACCACCAGGGGUUGAUCAAGAAUAUUUACAAUUACGUGGAGCUAAUGUUGUACUUAAAUAA